AUGUUGCCUGCGCCCAAGCUGAUCACAUGCAAGAACCCGACCGCCAGCCUCGCCAUCGAGCGCAUUCGCCUCGUCGUCGGCGACAAGAUGCGCGCGUCGGGCAUCGAGUCGGUUGAGGACUUUUGCUCUGCAGUCGGCUUCGCCACUCGGGCCUCGUUCCAGAGCACCAAGACGUUCACGCUCAGCGCCGCCACGUUCGGACGCAACAUGCUCUUCAACUUUGAGCACCUCACCGACUGGGCCGCCGCACACAAGCGCAGCAUCCAGCGCAUCGCCGCUACAAUGAACACGAGAACCAAGGCCGCAUUGACCAUGGCUUUGCGGCUCCAAGGCGAUGUUCAACCUCUCGCACAACAUGCAGAGCAAGACGUUGCCGGCCACUGCCGGGCCCUUUGGGAUUGUCCAAGCACACCAACCGUGACAUAA